AUGAUCGUGUCCAACGUGAGCCUGAGCGGCUGCGCGGAGGUCAACAGCGCCGUGUGCGCCGGAGCCGCGGAAGGGCGCCUGGGGGGCGGUUCGUACCGGACCACCCUCACCCCGACGGGGAACCUCGUCGUGGCCGUGUGCCUGGGCUUCAUCGGCACUUUCGGACUUCUGAACAACCUGCUGGUGCUCGUGCUCUUCUGCCGCUACAAGAUGCUGCGGUCCCCCAUCAACCUGCUGCUGAUUAACAUUUCCAUCAGCGACCUGCUGGUGUGCGUGCUCGGGACUCCGUUCAGCUUCGCGGCCAGCACGCAGGGACGGUGGCUCAUAGGCGCCUGGGGAUGCGUGUGGUACGGCUUCGCCAACUCCCUGUUCGGCAUCGUGUCCCUCAUAUCCCUGGCUGUCCUCUCCUUCGAACGCUACAGUACCAUGAUGGGCCCCGCCGAGGCCGACUCCUCCAACUACCGCAAGAUCUCCCUGGGCAUCGUUCUGUCCUGGGCCUACUCCCUCGUCUGGACCACGCCGCCGCUCCUGGGCUGGAGUCAGUACGGCCCGGAGGGUCCGGGGACCACCUGCUCGGUGGACUGGAAAGCCAAGACAACAAAUAACAUAUCGUACAUCGUCUGCCUGUUCGUCUUCUGCCUGAUCGUGCCCUUCCUGGUGAUCGUCUUCUGCUACGGGAAGCUGCUGUGCGCCAUCAGACAGGUGAGUGGCUUUCUGGGUGGAAACAGGAAACACAGCUGA